ACAACUUCCGCCGUAAAGUGUGACGGUUUCCGUGCUUACCCACGUUUUCACGUUUCUCAUCGGAGAUAGAACUACUCGCUGGUAAAAAGUAGCUUUUUAAUAUUCAGAAUGAGGCCACUAACCGACGAAGAGACGAAAACUAUGUUUGAGAAGCUUUCGAAAUAUAUCGGUGAUAACAUCAAACUACUCGUGGACCGACCCGAUGGUUCUUACUGUUUCAGGCUGCACAACGACCGUGUGUACUACAUGAGUGAGAAAAUUCUAAAGUUGGCCACACACAUUUCCCGCGACAAGCUCGUGUCGGUGGGAACAUGUUUUGGAAAGUUCACAAAGACCAUUAAAUUCCGCCUGCACAUCACAGCUCUGGAUUUCCUGGCGCCCUAUGCAAAGUUCAAAGUGUGGGUGAAAUCUGGAGCAGAGCAGUCGUUCCUCUACGGGAACCAUGUGCUGAAAGCUGGGCUUGGGAGAAUCACUGAGAACACGAUGCAGUACCAGGGAGUUGUGGUCUACUCCAUGACGGAUGUGCCCCUGGGUUUUGGAGUGGCAGCCAAGUCUACCUUGGAGUGUCGGCAAGUGGACCCCAUGUCCAUCGUUGUGUUCCACCAGGCUGACGUAGGAGAGUUCAUUAGGAAUGAAGACACAUUAACAUAAAGAUGCACCAACAGCUGGAUUGUAAAAUUCUCCUUUCUCAAUUUCAAACUCUGCAACAUUCACUAAAAUUCUCAAUCCGGAACAGCUGUUUUCUUAUCAGAAGGGUUGGAUCUGUCCUCGUAGCAGAUGUUACAACAGUCCCAUAAUUUCAAUGCUGGGGACAAACAAACCAACUCCUUGGGGAUACCGCUAAUCUGCCAUCUACAGGAUUCCUUAGUCAAGCCUCCGAAUAAAAAUUAAGUGGAGUGCCUUUUCUGUAGUUUUCUGUUGUAAAUGUCAUCUUUUAAAAUAAAUCCAUAAUAUCUUUGUA